AUGGGUGUCGAAGCUGCCGUCCGAAAAGGUUCCUCCCUGCCCGCCGCGCCCGAAGGUUUUGAAGCUGCCGUCGAGGAUGUUCGUCCCUGCGCCGCGCCCGAUGUUCGAGAUGUUGACAGACUGCGGAGCUGGCGAAUCGACUCCCCUCUGUUCGUCGGGGAAGAGAAUCGGAGAAUCGGGAGAACGGUUAGGGUUCUUGAGUUUUUUUGGGGGAAGUCGAGGGAGGGGAGGGGUAAAUGUGAUUCGGACGAGAAGGCCUAUUGCUCUGACUUGACAUCGACUUCCAACGAGUUGCAGAUGAGAGAUGCGACGAGAUUGAGCUUCCCUCAUAAACUGAUAUUGUUAAGACUGGCAAGACUCAAAGUAAUGGGAAAGAAAGCAAAAAAUGACAUUUUCAUAUCGCGGUCUUAUGCUAUCAAUAUUCUGAAAGAGGCUUGGAAGGUGGAGAAGAAGAGGAUUUAUAAGAUCACUCUCUGUACAGAAAGAAAUUCCAGAAGUCACUAUAUGUGUCCUGAUGGUAUCGCUCAGCCAUCUGUCAAAGACUUAUACUGGAGGUGCGAGGCAACUAAAGUCCAAAAUAUGCUGCUGAAAGUUGCUUUUAGCAAACGCAGAGUGAGUCAAGGGGGAAGGAGGUUUCAAGAGGAAAUUUUUCAACACAUGAAUGUCCCUAUUCCUCUGGAGCUAGCUAUGUUAGUAGAACAACGUCUUCUUGACUCCACUGCUCAGCAUUCUGCCCACUCUUCGACUGGUGGUCCGAGACAGCAGAGGCCAGGCUUCAAGUUAAUGAAGUUCUUCGAAGAACAUAGUAUGAAUGAAGUGUUGCAGAGCUGCAAGUUAAUGAAGGACUGGAUUUGGUAGUAUAAGGAGUAAACAGGGACUGUAAGUGGAAGUUUUGAACUUUCGUAUGGUGUAAGCUUUAGAUUGUACGUUUACUACUGAUUACUAGAACUGUUGAUUUGCUUGUAGAAUUGAUGGAUUGUUGAUUUGGUAAUUCAAAGUAGUAUCUUUUGCUAAAUG